AUGUACUGGUGCGAGUAGAGCAGGCAUUUUCAGAGGAGCCCGAGGAGAAGGGAGAUGAAAACGAAGAGAGUAAGUAGCCUUGCACCAGCAGUACGGGAUAGAGGAGAAAGCCUGGUUUGAAACACUCUCUCUCUCUAGAAUCGAGUUGCAAUGCGUUUUUCUCUCUCUAACACGCUAUGAAGAUUCUAGGGUAAAACCUACAAAGGCAUGAAUCUCAAUCCACGAUUGCUCCACUCUUCGCCUGCAUACUUAUUCAGGUUUAGGGGAACGAGAUCUCCAAAUACGAGUCUCUAAACCCCCAGAGAGAGAGGGAGGGAGAAGCUUCAUAAGGGUAUCAGAAGGGGUCAUGGCCGCUAAAAAGAGCGGCCUCUGUGUCUAGAUCUGCAAUGCCAGUACAAGAGCUGUCUCCUGCAAUACCUUCACUGUGAUUUAGGGUUUCAAAGGAGCUUUUCUCGGGUUCUGUGUCUUGCUCUAAAAAAUGCCAUUAAAGAAGACCAAACCAGGGGGAACUGUGCGCUUCCCCCUCACUGCGAUUCUCUUUGUAUCUGUGCUCGCGCCGCUUGUUUUCCUGGCGUCUCGAGGAAUGCACUCUGCAACUGUUGGCCUGAAGGACAUAAAAAAUGGUUCUAUGGGACAGCAGGUUUUAGACUGGAGAAAGCAGCAGGCCAUCCAGCAGAUGCAAUCUCUGCUUUCAAAUGAGGUCUUGGAUAUCAUCAAGAACAACACAGAUGACUCAGGGCCACUUAGUCUUAAUCUUGGUGGAAGAACUGAUUUGUCUUCUUCCUGGAUACUCGACCAACCUGGUGGAUCAAGUGAGCAGAGCCAAACUAUGUCGGAUGGAAAAGAGGUGACAGCACCAGUAAAGGAAGAAAAUGCUAUUGGUACUCAACGUGUGAAUUCAAAGGAUGAAGGGCUUAAAGAUGGGGGUGUUCCAGAACACCCUCAAAUUCCUGAUACACCAACAAAACUUAUUCGAAGGCAAUUGAGACAAAAGAGACGGGAAAAAAGGGCAAUAGAAUUGGUCCAUCAAGAUAAUGAAGCAGCUGUCAAACUUGAAAAUGCUGCCAUUGAACGUUCAAAAGCGGUAGACUCUGCAGUCUUGGGAAAAUACAGCAUCUGGAGGCGUGAAAAUGAGAAUGAGAACACUGAUUCAACUGUGAGAUUGAUGAGGGACCAGAUGAUCAUGGCAAGGGUGUAUAUAAGCAUUGCAAAGGAAAAGAACAGGCCUGAUCUGUACCACGAUUUAGCGGCUCGACUUAAAGAAAGCCAGCGGGCACUGGGAGAGGCUAAUGUAGAUUCUGAUCUGCAUCAUAGUGCUCCUGAGAGAAUUAAGGCCAUGGGUCAAUCUCUAGCAAAAGCAAGAGAAGGGGUGUAUGAUUGCUUGCUGGUGACCCGGAAGCUCAGGGCAAUGCUUCAGUCCGCAGACGAGCAGGUUAGGAGCUUGAAGAAGCAAAGCACAUUCUUGAGCCAACUGGCUGCCAAGACAGUUCCUAAUGGAAUUCAUUGCCUGUCCAUGCGCUUAACUAUUGGCUAUUACCUCCUCCCACCUGAGGAAAGGAAAUUCCCAAGAAGUGAGAAUUUGGAAGACCCAAAGCUUUACCAUUAUGCACUCUUCUCUGACAAUGUUUUGGCUGCAUCUGUUGUUGUCAACUCUACAAUCAUGAAUGCCAAGGAACCAGAGAAACACGUCUUUCAUUUGGUGACCGACAAGCUCAACUUUGGAGCCAUGAAUAUGUGGUUCUUGCUGAACCCACCUGGCAAAGGCACUAUCCAUGUUGAAAAUGUUGACGAAUUCAAGUGGCUCAAUUCCUCUUACUGCCCUGUGCUACGCCAACUCGAAUCUGCAGCCAUGAAAGAGUAUUAUUUCAAGGCUGAUCAUCCUACUACUAUUUCGGCUGGCUCUUCCAAUCUUAAGUAUAGAAACCCUAAAUAUCUAUCUAUGCUGAACCAUUUGAGGUUCUAUCUCCCUCAAGUUUAUCCUAAGUUGGAUAAGAUCCUCUUCUUAGACGAUGACAUUGUGGUACAAAAGGAUCUCACAGGAUUAUGGUUAGUGGAUCUCCAUGGCAAGGUAAACGGUGCUGUUGAGACAUGUGGUGAGAGCUUCCAUCGAUUCGAUAAGUAUCUCAAUUUCUCGAACCCACGCAUAUCGAGGAACUUUGAUCCUUAUGCAUGUGGGUGGGCAUAUGGAAUGAAUGUCUUUGACCUUAUAGCAUGGAAGAAGAAGGAUAUAACUGGGAUAUAUCACAAGUGGCAGAAUAUGAAUGAGGAUAGAACAUUAUGGAAGCUGGGGACGCUGCCUCCUGGGCUUAUUACGUUUUAUGGCUUAACACAUCCAUUGAACAAAUCUUGGCAUGUUCUUGGCCUCGGUUAUAACCCAAGUGUGGACAAAUCGGAGAUAGAGAAUGCUGCUGUGAUCCAUUUCAAUGGGAACAUGAAGCCGUGGUUGGAGCUGGCGAUGACAAAGUAUAAGCCUUAUUGGACCAAGUAUAUUAAGUAUGACCACCCGUACAUUACUCGCUGCAAUUUGAGUGAAUAGGUUAGGUGGUCUCUUGUGGGGUUGAUGUGCUUCAAUUUUGUAAAGAGAAAGAUUGGGUCCCUUUUAACCUUCCCCAAUACUGUUAUAUUGUUUUGAUUUACUUGGUAAUUCAUUUCUAUUCAUUUUCCCCAUUGAAUUUGUGCCAAAAAAGUGUUGGCAUUUCAAUCGUCGUUGUCUUUUUUUUUUGUUCUUGCAAAAUAUUGAAUGCAAUGUACAGGAUGAUUUUGUCCCAUA